GGAAAAUAUAUAUCAUGGAACGCGUGUAAGGUCCGCGACUACACCGCGGUUAAUCGCUGCUACAAGUGCCAGGGGUACGGGCAUGUGGCAAAAUACUGCCGCAUAAACUAUGAAAUCUACGCGCAUUGCGCGGAGAGCGGACACAGCACGAAAGAGUGCAAAAAUAAGGAGAAGAUCGCCAGCUGCGUGAACUGCAGGAAGGAAGGAAAGAACGGCGAUCACGCAACCUGCAACGCGAACUGCCCUAUGUACAAGAAGGCGUUGGAAAUAGCCAUCCCCAGAACAAAAUAUGAAUAGGGCGAUUAACAAUGACGGAAGAGGACGUGGGAGAAAAAUGGGGAAUACGGAUUCUGCAGCAUAACGUGCAGAAAUCCAAAACCGUUCCCCACGGGAACGUGGUAGAAACCGCGCUAAAGAAAUGUGUAGUCUUACAAAAACCAUGGAACCGACCAGCCACAGAUGUGCACCCAUUUAUAAACCAACAGAUGACGAAAUUGACGGACCACGCGCAUUACAAAGACCACGAACUAAUCAUUAGAUCAAGAAACGACUUCGGCGAAGAACAAGGCCUCCAACCAGGAAAGGUUGCACGUACUGUUGAGACACUACAGAGUCGAGACGACGUAGGUGCUGUAUACUUUAUCCUAUCAGUCCGCAAAGCAGGAGCCAGGUGCAAAACAAUUGCUAGAAACUUCCUAUUAGAUCUUAUACUCAUCGAAAAAAUAACCGACAACGCGAAAAGAAACAUACGAUACUCGCAGAUUAACUCGUUUGAGCACUUAUAUUCAUGUUUAAGACAACACGUAUUAGCACCAACCACUAUUAGCAAUUGCAGGGAUAAAUCGAAAAUUUUAGAGCAAGAAAUAACAGAAAGCGUACAAUCCUUUGACUCCAGAUUCCGACAACAGCUCAACGAAUUAAAUUACGCAGUUCAAAACAAAAACCGCACGCCGACUGAACAAUGCUAUGGGUAUCGAAGAACGCGAAGCACUAAAGACAUAUUUGCUCAAUUUACGAUACAAAAUAGGACAGAUAGUAGUAGCUAGCUAUCCGAAAAACCUAAACCUCGCGCAGCAACUAGUAGUCGAUAGAGAACAAUGGUUACAAGAAGCAAAUCGUGUUGCCAACCGUCUAAAUAAUCAAUCUGAUAACACUACGCCCGUAUGUAAACGAAAUGCUACCGAUCCACAACCACGAGCUUUUAACCAACCAUCAGGUGACCGUAUGAAAAUAAAAUGUUCCAAGUGUUUACGAAUCGGACACACAGCCGAGAUCUGCUACUGUCGAAAUUUUCCAUUCGCCAGCCGAGGAAAGAUGCCACCUCGAGUAAAACAAACAACGGAGAAUCCAGAAGAAACGUACCAAGUCAACUGCACCACUACCGGAAGAUUAUUACCAAUCGUAUUGCAACCAAGAAACGGAGGAAGAGCCAGAUUUCUCAUUGAUACCGGAGCAGGAAUGGGAGUCCGAUUAUUCCAUCUUCGAUUAGGGGAAAGUUGUCAGGGACUACGUAGAAUUGAUGAUUCUUCUUAAGUUCUGCAUGGUUAAAUUGCAAAUUUUGUCGGUUGUGUGUUUGUCAUUUCCCAUUAGGAAACUCUUUGGAUUUGGAUUGACGUUUAGUGAAGC